AAACCUUCAAUUUUCCCUUUUUGUCAGAGAGUUUCCUUCUUCUUCAUCCGUGUGCGUUUUUUUCAUCAAAAAUCUUUUUCUUUCCCCAAAAGAAGAAAAAAAUAUAUAUUUUUCAAGUGAAAAAUUACAUUUAAAUCAUUACCAAUGUAAUUUCCAAGUGCAAGAAAACUAAAAACAUUUUUUUAUAUCGAAUAUAUCUGCACAAAAAGAGCAGAUAUAUUCCCUUUUGAAUAGAUUUUUUGAGACAGCGGAAAAAGUGAACAGCUAAAAUUGUGGAAAAAAACGAGAAACCCAAGAGGAAGAAAAAGGCAGCAGGCAAAAUGUCUGUGGCGUAUCAGCAGCAACAGCAGCAACAGCAGCCGCCACCGCCUGUUCCGCCUCAAUCUUCCUCACAACAACAACAACAACAAGGUGGCAUUAAUAUCGGUCCCGGCGGCCCUGGCCCCGGCGGUGUUAAUGUCGGCGGUCCGCCACAACAGCCGCAGCUGCAACCAAUGCAGCGUGGUCCGCCGGGUGGCGUUGGUGGCGGCGGCGGUCCCGGCGGACCACCCAAUCGCGGUGUCCCGCCGCCGCCCAGUCCGGCGCACAUCCAAAAGAUUCUCGACGAGAAUUGUGGCAUAAUUCAGACGAUACAGGAUUUUCAGAACAUGGGCAAGUCUCAAGAAUGCAUAACUUAUCAUGCCGCCUUGCAUCGUAAUUUGGUGUAUUUGGCGCAGCUGGCUGAUCCCACAAUGAAUAUUGCUCAAAUAUUGCCGCCACCACAUGUUCUGGCCGCCCAAUCACAGGGUCCUCCACACGGCAUGAUCGGCGGUCCACAGGGACCGCCUCCUCAGUCUGGCGGACCGGGUAUGCCUCCGCAUGGCCAUGGGCCCUCGGAACCAGGUGUUCCCUCGCCACAGAACCCUGCCCAGCUGCCAUACCCAAAUCCGAAUCAGCAGCCCCCGGUGUCGCACGCCAAUCUGCCUCCACCGAAUUCGCAGCAAUCCCAAUCUGGUGCUGGUCAGCCGCAGCAACAACAGCAGCAGCCACAAGGAGGCGGAGCUAUUCCACCUCCGACGGGUGGACAACAGCAGGGAGGCAAUGUUCCCUAUCGUGGAGUUCCAGGUCCCGGCCAACAGCCAGGCCCGCCAUCGACCCAAAAUAAUCAGCAGCCACAACGAACUGGUGGGCAACCUCAGGCUCAGCAGCCACCGCCGCAGUCUCAAUACCGUGGAGGUUAUCAACAGCACGGCCAUUACCCCGGCUAUCCGCCACAAGGCCAACCCUAUCAACCCCAAACUGGCUAUCCAGGUGCUAUGCCACCGUACGGGCCUCCUUCUCAGGGAUAUCCGCCAACCAGCCAAGGCUACCAUCAUGCUGGCAUGCCGCCUACAUCGUCGGCCGGCGGUCCGCCGCCACCCAAUCAUCCGUAUCCGAACUCAUCACAGCAUCAAGGUCCAGUGCCUGGUUCGUAUCCCCCUCCUCCUCCCAAUCAGCAGUCACAGCCUCCACCCCAGAUGUACGGGCCUCCAGCUGGAGCCCAGGCUCCUCCUGGUCAAUAUCCUCCCCAAAACGCCAGCGGACCACCUGGUCCACCCAUGGGUUAUGGUUAUGGCGCUCCCAAUUCUGGGCCGAAUUACGGUCAGGGCUCUCAGCCACAGAUACCGCCACCAGGACAGCCAGGUUAUCAACAAGGAGCCGGCGGUGCACAACCGCCAUAUCCUCCGCAGCCCCAGCAGCCUCCAUACCAACAAGGCCCUGGCGGGUAUCCCCCAUCAGCUCAACAGCAGCAGCAGCCAACCGGAAUGGGACAUCCUCCCUCGUCACAACAACCAAAUCAGGCGGCGCCACAGCCGCCUCCUUCAGCCGCACCUCCCAGUGGAGCAGCUGGUGGUUCAUAUGGUUCCUCGCCCAGUCCAGGGCAAACUCCUCCGCCGAACCAGGUGCAGGCGGCAGCCAACAACGGCCCCAAUCCACCAUCCAAUGCUCCAUCACAGCAGCAACCCCCCGUCUCGCAGCCUCCAUCAUCACAUCCACCCGCAUCGUAUGCUCCACCUCAGUCCGGCGUUGCAAGCGGACCGCCGACGCAGCAACCGGCCUACUCGUCGCCACCGUCCGCCGGUCCAGCAGGCCCGCCGACUCCAUACACCCAACAUCAACCGCCACCGCAGCAGCCUCCGCCGCCAAACACUUCGGCCAAUGCGCCAUCGAACGGAGUUGCCGUUCCCAAUCAAUACCAGCCACCACCUGGCGCUCAGACAUAUGUGGCUCCGCCUGCCGGCCAGCCGUAUGCACCGCCUGGUCCAGGCGGCUAUCCUGGCCACGGAUACCAUCAGCAAGGCUAUCCGACCAUGCCUCAGGGUCAGUAUCCGCCAUCCCAAGGCUAUCAGGGCUACAGACCGGGAGCACAAAUGCCUCCACCGGGUGGCCAAAUGCCUCCGCCAGGGCCGCAGGGUCCCCCUGCCGGUGCCUACUCCUAUGGCUACCAGCCGCCGCAGUGAGUUAGUAGCUAAUUUCCGGUUAGUUUCAAUCGAGAGAGAAAGUUUCUAUAUUCACACACAAUUCCCUCUUUUUUUGUUUGCAUCAUCCCAGAUAAUAAUAUAAAAAAAAUUGAUUAAAGAAAAAAUCACUCAGAGAACGUUACGCUCUUCCUAUAUUCCGUUUCAGUGUGUAGUAUUCGUGCGCUAUAUAAAUGUUUAUGUCUUAUUUAUAAUCUUAAGACCAAAACGUUAUCUGUUUUUUUUUAAAUUUUUUUGUUCUCUCUUUUUUUUUUCUUUUUUUAUAUAAAUAAAUAAACAAUUUAACAAUCUAAACAAAAAAUAAAUAAAUAAAAAACAAAAAACACUUAGAUAAGUUGAUUUAAUAUGCAAAAAAAAAAAAGAAACAAAAAAGAAUAAAUAAACAACAUAAAGUUACAUUUUAUUAUAUUAUUGACAAACAAAAAAGAAAAAAUUAAAAAUUGUAUUUUGAAGAAGAAUGUGUGCUUUGUCGAUUGUGGAUAAUGUUUCCUUAUUAUUUGUGGAUGGCAACACGACGACGAUGACAACAUGCAUUCAAUUUCAACUUCGAGAUUUUAAAAACAAAUAAAGACAAUUUUAACGAACUAGAA